AGUUCUUUCGUUCUCUUGAAUUUGACCGUAUUAAUGCACAACAGGUCUUGUUUUAUUCCACGCAUCUUUGGACCCUUCGCUCUGGUCGAUGUUUACCCUGACUAGUUUGCUUACGAAGUUUUAUUCUGGGCCGGAGUAGAGCAUUUCCAAUGCCCCGCAACACCGAUGUCAGAUUGAGUUCUGUCAAGCAACAACAUUGUUCACGGAGCUUACUGCAUCACAGCCAUUCGUUUAGUUCUGCUCCACUGCAUUCCUCUGAAUGAUAUCUCGAUAUGUUCUUGAUCAAGCCCUUAUUGCGGCUAUAGCUUUGACUCUGACUUCCUACCGACUUCCCUCUAAAUGUCAUGUCGUCCGCCGUUGGGGGUAAUACCGUUCGCGUUCGCCUUACUGCCGCUCGUUCUGCUUCCGCCAGGGUCCACUAUGCACCAGCACCUCCAACUGCGAAACCGUCAAGGAUAUUCGCGCAGCGCCUUCGCAUAGAACAAUUCCAGAGACGAUGGAAGAAUAUCAAGCAAGACCUCCCUCCGCAGCUUUCUCGUCGGCACAUUGGCAUGAUUUCGAUCGGAGGAGUCAUUGGGACGGGCCUUUUUCUGGGUUCAGGCAAUGCCCUAAAACAUGGGGGACCGAUCGGCGCGUUACUGGGAUACUUCGUGAUUGGCACAGUCGUAUACUGUCUAUGCGUUUCCGUCGGAGAAAUGAUCGCUUUUUUACCGAAUGUAGGAGGUGUCGUCGGCCUUGCUGAUCUCUACGUUGACCCCGCUUUGGGUUUCUCGCUCGGUUGGGCGGCUUGGUACAAUUGGAGCGUGACUCUGCCCGCCGAGAUCACGGCAGCCGCGGUCGUUGUCAGGUUUUGGGAUACGGAGAAUAGAGUUUCCACGGCGGGCUUGUCCGCGAUCUUUCUCUUCCUCGCGGUGGCGGUAAACUGCUUCUCGUCUCGCAUCUACGGCGAAUUUGAGUUUUGGUUUUCGACUAUCAAAGUGGUCACUAUCAUUCUUAUUAUCAUUGUCUGUCUUAUUCUGGACCUCGGCGCUGGGGCAGAAGGGUUCAUCGGGUUCAAGAACUGGUCGCAACCCUUUGCUCAUAGCUAUCUCGGUAUCAAUGGAUCAUUGGGCCAGUUUCUUGGGUUCUGGGCUGUUCUUAUGCAAGCUUCUUUCUCAUUUUUCGGAUCAGAGGUGCCUGGUAUUGCUGCGGGUGAAGUCAUCGAUGCUUCCAGAAAUGUCCCUAGAGCUCUUCGCAGAGUCUGGAUCAGAAUCACUCUGUUCUACAUUGGAGGAAUCUUUGUUGCAGGACUGCUAGUUCCAGCAAAUGAUUCAAAUCUGGGUAGUGAUACUAGAACAGCAAGCUCCUCACCCUUUGUCAUUGCACUCAAUCGUGCACAUGUCAAAAUUCUUCCUCACUUCAUUAAUGGGGCAAUCCUGCUUUCAGCAUGGUCAGCAGCUGCCUCAGAUGUGUAUAUUGGCUCUAGGUUUCUCUUUUUCCUUGCCAGAUGUCAUCAUGCACCUCAAUUCCUUGCAUCACUCAUCAGAUAUCCCUGGCAUGAAACACCAGAGGAGAAGGAGGAUACUUCUGAUGAGGAUAGUGAGGAUGAUGAGCCUCCAGUCAUUGACAUCAGGAGACAGAGUAUUCAUGAAUCAUUGCUGAUUCAGACUAUCCCUGCUUCUAUCAGUGAGGAUCAGUCUGAGGAUGACAAGGAUACAAGACAUGAUCAAAGUGUGCAGAUAGAGAUGACUGAGGCAUCUUCUCAGGAGAUACCUGGUGAACCUUCUCAGAGACAAAGAGAACCCUACCUUGUGCUUCCUUUAGCUGCUGUUCUAGUCUCAGCUUCUGUUGGUCUUCUAAGUUUUCUGGGUUCAACUGGAUCUUCCAAAUCUGCUGGCCCCCAGGUGGCUUUCAACUGGCUUGUAGCUGUUGCCAGUGUUGCUUCACUUCAAUCAUGGGCAGGUCUUCUGUUUACCUACAUCAGGUGGCACCAGGGCACAGUAUAUGCUGAGAAAAAGCAUAAAGUCACUGCUCUGCAUAAUGAGGACUCUGCCAAGGUCAUUGCAGAUAUAGAACAGAUCAAGAAGCAAAGACACAUUGGCCAGCCAUAUCUUGCCUGGUAUGCUUUUGGCAUAUGCAUGACUGUUCUCCUUACCAAUGGAUGGUCUGUCUUUGUACAUGGUGGAUGGAAGAUUGCUGAAACUCCAGGGGAUGAUAUUGAAGUUGAUCCCAACACAAGAGAAGAUGACCCUGUUUCUCUGUUUCUCUCAUCAUAUAUACCCAUUCCAUUCUUCUUACUCCUUACAUUUGGGUACAAGCUCAUCCAUCAGACUAAGAUGAUCAAGCUUGAAGAUAUGACCUUCUCACGGGGUGAUGUACCAGAGCAUGUUGAAGAGGAAGAAAGAAGUUUCCUGAGGUGGCUUCUAGUACUCUGAAUAGUAUCUAUUGUUGCAGAUGGACUCUCCGAGUUGUAAUCUAAUUCCUAUAGAGUAGCUUUCAUGCGUAUAUAUCCGACGCCGCUCUUCGUGAAUACGGGACCGAAUAUCUGCAUGCCGCGCCGUUCGUACCAAUUAGAGGUA